ACCCUCACUGUAAGCAAAUCAUCUCUCUCCCUCUCUCUCUCUCACUCUCUCUGUGAUUUCUUCUUCAUCUUAUCAUCUCGUCGUCUACACACACAAGAAUUCAUUUAUCUGUUACAGCAGACUGUUGUUGCAACUGAUUUUAUGCUGGGAGCGUUCAAAUUAAUAACUCAUACAACACUCUCCGUAACUCCUCUUCAGAGUACAUGGAGUAUGGACUGAACUUUCUGGAAGCUUAACGAUAAUUAAUAUUUAUCUGCUAAGAAAUUCCACAGAGGAAAGUAGUCAUCAUGCAACCAAUUUGUAUGGCAUGUUUGGGAACUGUGGAUUUCAUUUGGAAUUCUGGAUGUGGUCGACAUUUUUGGACAAUCAAAAUAAUUUUAAUUUGGAUUUCAAAUCCAAUUUAAGAAAUUUAAAUAUAUGUAUAAAUACGAGACUUUGAAAUGAUAACUCAUUUCAUGUCAUUUCAAAUCUAUCAUUUGAAAUGAAAGAUAUGUUCCCAAACACUAUCUUAGAGUUUUUCUAAUUGAUGUUUAGUAAUGUGCACUCCCUUUUUAAUUGAUUAGGAAGACAGGAGCUUCUGAGGUGCAGACUGUUGAGUUUCGGAUUUGCGUAUGGACAGUAGGACAUAUUAGCAUCUGCGACACUGAUCAGUCAUGGCAAGCAUAGGACAUAGGAAAGUAGGCAGUUCGAGAACUGUUAAUGGCUUCAACGAGUCAUCCAGUUCAGUUGACUGGCUGGGGAGGGAGAUGCUUGAGAUGAGAUUAAGGGAUAAGGACAAGGUGGAGCAUGAUGAGGAGAGAGACAGUGAACCUGAAGUAGUCAAUGGUGUGGGAGCUGAAGCAGGGCAUGUGAUAAGAACUACUAUUGGUGGUCGAAAUGGUCAAUCUAGGCAGGCUAUCAGUUACAUAGCGGAGCAUGUAGUUGGAACAGGCUCUUUUGGCGUUGUUUGCCAAGCAAAGUGCAGAGAAACUGGUGAGAUCCUUGCUAUUAAGAAGGUUCUUCAAGACAAGCGCUACAAGAAUAGGGAGUUGCAGAUUAUGCAAAUGUUGGACCAUCCAAAUAUUGUUGCUCUUAAGCAUUCUUUCUUCUCAACAACCGACAAAGAAGAAGUGUACCUUAAUCUGGUCCUCGAGUUUGUUCCUGAAACUGUAAAUCGUAUGGCAAGGCAUUACAGCAGGUUGAACCAGCGAAUGCCCUUAAUAUACGUCAAACUUUAUACCUAUCAGAUAUGCAGGGCCCUCGCUUAUAUUCAUAACUGCAUCGGUAUUUGUCACCGUGACAUCAAGCCUCAAAACUUACUUGUGAAUCCCCAUACACAUCAGCUGAAAUUGUGUGAUUUUGGAAGUGCAAAAGUUUUGGUAAAAGGAGAACCUAAUGUUUCGUACAUUUGUUCAAGAUACUAUCGUGCACCAGAACUCAUAUUCGGGGCCACAGAAUAUACAACUGCAAUAGAUAUAUGGUCUACCGGUUGUGUGAUGGCUGAAUUGCUUCUUGGGCAGCCCUUGUUUCCUGGAGAGAGUGGAGUGGACCAGUUAGUUGAGAUCAUCAAGGUUUUAGGAACACCAACCAGGGAGGAGAUCAAAUGCAUGAAUCCAAACUAUACGGAAUUUAAAUUUCCGCAGAUAAAGCCUCAUCCAUGGCAUAAGGUUUUUCAGAAGCAUUUACCCCCAGAAGCAGUGGAUUUGGUUUGCAGAUUUUUUCAGUAUUCACCUAAUCUACGGUGCACUGCAUUGGAAGCUUGUAUCCACCCUUUUUUUGAUGAACUGAGAAAUCCAGAUACCCGUCUACCAAAUGGGCGUCCUCUUCCUCCGCUCUUUAAUUUUAAGGCACCCGAGCUUGCAGGCAUCCCUGCUGAGAUUUUACGACGGCUUAUUCCAGACCAUGCUCGUAAGCAGAACUCAUUUAUGGCUUUGCAUGCCUAGUGUGUGCUUGGUGUCUCUUACUAUCUGCACGCCUUGCCUGUCCUGUGUGGAAUUUAUCCCUCCAACAUGGUGCCUACACCAGCCUCAGUGUCGUAUAAUAACAGAUUAAGUAACAGCUAUACUGUCGACUUGGUUUGGUGCACUAGAUUUGUGUUCACUUGUCAGUGAUCUCAUGUUCCAUUUUUGUUAAUGAGCUCUUAAGUAGACUUUGCAGGGCAAAAAUUGGAAGUCUUGGAGAUCAUGUUAUAAACAGAGUUGAAGAGUCUCUGGUCUUUGGGUUUUAUCCAACGCAAGGAAUUGUAUACACUCACUUAAAUACGUUUGUUAUAGUUUAUGCAUCGAAGUUAUAUAUAUAAGUUAGUUCUACAUAUUUUUUCA